AUGGUGUUCCUUCAUUCUAUGAUCAUUGCCGAGGGCGUUCCCAUAUUCUCAGCCCUUCAACGCUUCUACGGCAUCGGCCCCAACAUCGCCUCCAGAAUCUGCGCAAAACUGACCAUCUACCGGACUGCUAAGCUCGGAGAGUUAACUCAGAAGCAAUUGACUCAAGUCCAGCAGGAAUUAUCGAAAUUGACCAUUGAGAACGACCUGCACAAGAGUAUCGUGGACAAUAUCACCAGAUUGAAGGAAAUGGGGACCUAUAGAGGGAGAAGACAUGCUAUGGGUCUGCCGGUUCGAGGACAGGGUACUAGGACCCAGGCGAAGACGGCAAAGAAGUUGAAUAGGGUGGAGAGAGGGUUUGCAGGAGCUAGGAGGCAGGGUUGA